AUGACGUCACGAAGUGACGGACGUGGACGUUCAGUGAGCUCGGAAAUCAUUACGGGCUCUGAUACACGAUCGUAUCCGGUUUAUAUCGCAAUCCAGGACUAUCAACCAGAAAGCACCGAUGUUGAGGGUAUUCCCUUGGAACAGGGUCAGAUUGUCGAAGUAUUGGAUAAGAAGAAUCCAGCCAGUUGGCUGGUACGAACUAAGGCUCGCCCACCCAGAUCAGGAUGGAUUCCUGGGUCAUAUUUCGAGACUCCGACAGAAUACUACAAACAACGCCGAAGAACUCGUGAACUCGAAACCACUACCAUGACAAUGACCGAAGAUCAAGAAGCACUUCUCAAACGAGAGUAA